AUGAUAGAAGAGGCCACCUGCAUAGCCCUUCCAUUUGGCACACGCUUGACCCCUCUGUGGGCCUUCAAUGUGGAUGUGUCCCAGCCCUGGGUCACACCUGAGGGAGGUGCACCUUUCGUGCUCAGCUCCCUUCUGCACCAAGAUCCCAGCACCAAUCAGACCUGGCUCCUGGUCACCAGUCCUAGUACCAACAGGACUUCAGCACCCCUCCAUCGAUGCUCUCUUACCCAGGAUGAAAUCAUCUGCCAGGCAGUAGAGCAUGUCCCCAUCCCCAAGGGGAGGCACCAAGGAGUGACAGUUGUCCGGAACCAGCACGGUGUAUUGAUAUGCAUUCAGGUGCAGGCCCGGCAGCCCCGAAGCCUCAGCUCAGAACUCACAGGUACCUGUAGCCUGCUGGCUCCUGACUUGCAUCCCCAGGCCCAGGCCUCCUUCUCGGACCUUGAAGAUCUCCUGAACCCAGAUGUACAUGUGGAUGCCAGUGACUGUGACAGAAACAAACGAGGCAGCACUGAGGAGCAUAAGAAUGCAGCCAGGAGGCCCCGGGCUCUGGAGGAGGCAGAGCAGGAGGAGAAAGAAGAGGAGGAGGAUGAGGAAGCUGGCACUGAGAUUGCCAUCAUCCUGGAUGGCUCAGGAAGCAUUGACCCCCCAGAUUUUCAGAGAGCCAAAGACUUCAUCUCCAACAUGAUGAGGAACUUCUAUGAGAAGUGUUUUGAGUGCAGCUUUGCCUUGGUGCAGUAUGGAGAAGUGAUCCAGACUGAGUUUGACCUUCGAGACAGCCGGGAUGUGAUGGCCUCCCUUGCCAGAGUCCAGAACAUCACUCAAGUGAAGAGUGUCACCAAGACUGCCUCAGCUAUGCAGCACGUCCUAGACAACAUCUUCACACCAAGCCACGGCUCCAGAAGAAAGGCAUCCAAGGUCAUGGUGGUACUCACUGAUGGUGACAUAUUUGGUGACCCCCUCAAUCUCACAACUGUCAUCAACUCCCCAAAGAUGCAGGGUGUUGAGCGCUUUGCCAUUGGGGUGGGAAAUGCAUUUCAGCAAGUGAAGACUGAUCAGGAACUGAAGCUGAUUGCCUCAGACCCCAGUGACACCCACGCCUUCAAAGUGACUAAUUAUGCAGCGCUGGACGGGCUGCUGAGCAACCUGCAGCAGAGCAUCAUUCACAUGGAAGGCACAGUUGGAGAUGCCCUUCACUACCAGCUGGCACAGACUGGCUUCAGCGCCCAGAUCCUGGAUGAGGGGCAGGUGCUGCUCGGCGCCGUGGGAGCCUUUAACUGGUCUGGGGGUGCACUGCUCUACGACUCGCGUAGCCGCCGGGGCCGCUUCUUCAACCAGACCGCCGCUGAUGCGGCUGGGGAUGCGCAGUACGGCUACCUGGGUUACUCGGUGGCUGUGCUACACAAGGCCUGUGGUGUCUCCUAUGUUGCUGGAGCUCCACGGUACAAACAUCGUGGAGCUGUGUUUGAGCUCCAGAAGAAGGGUGAAGAGGCCACCUUUGUGCUGGGGCUAGAGGGAGAACAGAUGGGGUCCUACUUUGGCUCUGAGCUGUGCCCUGUGGAUGUGGACAUGGAUGGGACCACGGACUUCUUGCUGGUGGCUGCACCAUUUUACCACAUCUGUAGAGAAGAAGGCAGAGUCUACGUGUACCAACUGCACGAGCAGCAUGGAUCCUUCUCCUUGGUGAGCACGCUAAAUGGACAUAUGGAGCUCACUGAUGCCCGCUUUGGCUUUGCCAUGGCAGCUGUGGGGGAUAUCAAUCAGGAUAAGUUCACAGAUGUAGCCAUUGGAGCCCCCCUGGAGGGUUUUGGGGCAGGCGAUGGGGCCAGCUUUGGCAGCGUGUACAUUUACAAUGGACAUUGGGACGGCCUCUCUGCCAUCCCCUCACAGCGGAUCAGAGCCUCUGCUAUGGCCCCAGGACUCUACUACUUCGGCACGUCCCUGGCUGGUGGCUUAGAUUUCAAUGGCGAUGGCCUUGCUGACAUCACUGUGGGCACACUGGGCAGGGCAGCUGUUCUCUGCUCACGACCUGUGGUUCACCUGAAGGUGUCCAUGACCUUCGUCCCCAGUGCACUGCCCAUUGGCUUCAAUGGCAGUGUGAAUGUACAUUUGUGUUUUGAAAUCACCUCUGCAACCAUGGCUGCCGACUCAGGCCUCAGAGAGACAUCACUCAACUUCACAGUGGAUGUGGACAUGGGGAAGCCCAGGAAGAGGCUGCAGUGUUCUGACAUGAGGGACUGUCUGAGCCAUAUUAAGAAGUGGAGCAGUGGGUCUUCCCUUUGUGAGCGCCUGCAGCUCAUCCCCACAGAGGGAGAGCUCUGUGAGGAGGACUGCUUCUCCAACAUCAGCAUCAAAGUCACCUACCAGCUCCAGACACCUGAUGGAUGGAGGGGCCAUCCCCAACCCAUCCUAGACCACUACAUGGAGCCCUCUGCCAUCUUCCAGCUACCCUAUGAGAAGGCCUGCAGAAAUAAGCUGUUUUGUGUCGUCGAGUUACAUAUGGCCACCACCAUUUCUCAUCAAGAACUGGUGGUGGGUCUCACCAAGGAGGUGAUCAUGAACAUCAGCCUAACCAACUCUGGGGAAGAGUCCUACAUGACAAACAUGGCCUUGCAUUACCCCAGAAACUUGCAAUUUAAGAGGAUUCAAAAGCCUCUGUUUCCAGAUAUUCAGUGUGAUGACCCUGUGCCAGCUGCUUCCAUCCAGGUCAUGAAUUGCAAGAUUGGUCACCCAAUACUUAAGAAGUCAUCUGCAAACGUCUCAGUAGUUUGGCAGCUAGAGGAGAAUGCUUUUCCCUUUCCUAAUAGGACAGCAGCCAUCACUGUGACCAUCUCCAAUUCUGAUGAAAGGUCUUUGGCCAGAGAGAUGCACAGCCUUCUAUUCAAGCAUGUCUUCAUUGCAGUUCUUUCCAAACCGUCAGUGAUGUAUGUGAACACAAGCCAGGGACUAUCUGACCACAAAGAAUUCCUCUUCAGUAUCCAUGGGGAAAAUCUCUUUGGAGCCCAAUUCCAGUUGCAAAUUUGUAUUCCAACCAAAUUACAAGGCCUCUAUGCAGUAAGAGUGAAAAACCUGACAAAGACUCAGGCCCACACUGUGUGCGCCCAGAGGCAGGAGCGCGCUUGUGGGAGCCAUCGGUCUCGGCAUGUGGAGGAAUGGCAUUCCGUGAGCUGCGCUAUCACAUCCGAUAAAGAAAAUGUAACCGUAGCUGCAGAGAUCGCCUUGGGUCACUCCAAGCAGUUACUAAGAAAUGUAACCGAACUGCAGAUCCUUGGUGAAAUAUCUUUCGACAAAUCUCUAUAUGAGGGGCUGAAUGCAGAAAACCACAGAACUAAGAUCACUGUCAUCUUCCUGAAAGAUGAGGAGCCGCACUCUUUGCCUCUCAUCAUUGGCAGCAGCAUCGGUGGCCUUCUGGUUUUGAUUGUGAUUAUAGCCGUCCUGUUCAAGUGUGGCUUUUUUAAAAGAAAAUAUCAACAACAGAACUUGGAAAGCAUUAGGAAGGCCCAGCUGAGAUCAGAAAGUCUGCUCACAGAAGAAAACUAGGACCUGCUUCCUGUCCAUUGGGAGAGAAAACCAGCCAGUGCCCGAACUUCUACAGAUUUGGUGUCAUACUGCUUCCUCUUUCCAUACAGGAUGACCUAGAGCAGCAUAGAACAAAUUGUAGCAUAUUGUUUUGUUUUGUUUUUUAAUUUUAAUCCUCCUUAGGAGAGGAUUAAAGUCAUGUGGGGAGUAUCUAGUAUGUCUCUAUUUGAAUUUUUUUUGGCAGUACUGGAGAUUGAACUCAAGGCUUCACACCUGUGAGGCAGGCAGGCCGCCUUGUAACCACUUGAGCCUUGCCUCCAGCCCAAACAUAUUGUUUUUUAACUACACAUUGUCUCCAAAGCCUCUGUGCAUUCUGUGAAAAGGAAAGUUGAAAAACAUUUGGUAUUAAAUAAAGGUAAAGUGUUUUCUUUACAA